GGAUGGCUGGCUUCGCCAUGGUGGUCGGCUAUGGGUUGUACAGACUGAAGCACAGAGGCGACAUGAAAAUGUCACUUCACCUGAUUCACAUGCGUGUGGCAGCCCAGGGCUUUGUCGUGGGAGCGAUAACGUGUGGUGUGCUGUAUUCAAUGUUUCAGGAGUACGUGAUGAAUCCCAAGGAGUAA